AGAUUCGUUUCUUCUCCUUGUAACAUUACCAAAUCUCUCUGUCUCUCUCUCUAUUAUCUUCUCAGCGUUCUGGUUUUCAGGUUCUGAUCCCAGUAGCAUUUUCAGCUAUCAGUCAGAUUCCUCAAUAGCCACCCAAAUGAAGAAGUUUAUCCUGAGGUUGGAUUUACAUGAUGACAAAGACAAAAGGAAGGCCCUGAAGACUGUUUCCACUCUUACAGGAAUUGAUGCUCUCUUGGUGGACAUGAAGGGCAAGACACUCACAAUCAUUGGAACAGUGGAUCCUGUGAGUGUUGUGAGCAAGUUGCGCAAAUAUUGGCCUUCAACAGCCAUCAUCUUAGUAGGACCUGCAAAAGAGCCCGAGAAGAAAGAGGAGCCGAAGAAAGAGGAGCCAAAGAAAGAGGAACCACCCAAGGAGGAACCUAAGAAAGAAGAACCCAAAAAGGAAGAACCCAAGAAGGAAGAGCCGAAGAAGGAAGAAGAGAAGAAGACUGAGCCAGAACCAGUGGUCGGGAUCAUGCCCUACAGGCCGUAUUAUCCUCCACUGAACGCACUGCCUUACCGACCAUAUUAUCCUCCAACGACCGCAAUGCCAAACCGGCCAUAUAAUCCACCAAUGAACACAUAUUACUAUGGUCAUGAAAGCAUAGAAGAGAAUCCAAAUGCCUGCAUUAUCUUUUAAGUUGGUAAGAAAUUGUAUAGAGCUUUUCCUUUUUCUUUAAGUUGGUGCCUUGUUUGUAGUUUCGUUGAUGCAAAUAUGAGGUGAUAACCAAGAAUGGAGAAGCUCUUGUGUACAUAUUGUUAUGCUUCUUUGAGAAACAGAGAGGAUUAAAUAAAAUUUUGCUUCUAUUCUAAAAUUU